UGACUUGCCUGGACGCUGGAUGUCUGUAACAGGAUCUCUGCGUGUCGUUUUCAAGUAAAAAAAAAUUAAAUGUGCGCAAUGACUUUGGGGAGAGCUUGUGAGCCGACAGUCUGCAUUUUGCCGAAGUUCGGGAUUUGAGCGAUAAUGGCGGUGAACUGGGCCGACAGGAUCUCCGCUUUCUCCCGCAGUCCGUCUAGCUUCCUCUCCGGGACAACCUCCGAGGCUUUCCUGGCAGAGCUGCUCCGUGAGCUCCGAGAUGACAGAGCCAGUUACAGUGUCAAGGUCCUCCUGUUGUCCCCACUGUGCGAGUACCCAGCUCUGCUGUGUCCCUCAGACUCUGUGGGUGAGGAGACGACCCUGGAGCUCAUGUCAGUGUUCGCCCAGUGUCCUCCCAAAUCCGUACAGUUUCGUUGUCACCUCCUCCUUGCUCUCACCUCCGUGCUCGUCUGCACUUCCUGUGUGAGCAGCCGUUCUCGUGCAUCUCAGGAUUUCGUGGACCUGCUCCUCCAGAUAUCCCAGGACACCAGUGACCUCCAUAGUGAUGGCACUCUUCUUUCUCUCCGGGCCACAGCUUGUGACUGUCUGCGGGAGCUGGAAGCCUGCUCUCCCGGUCUUCUCUCCCAGCACAUUGAGCUCUUGGGUGGGCUCCGGCAGCAAGAAGCCUUCAGGCUCCAUCAGGCCUAUGCAGGACUUCAGACUCUGGUGUUGAGAAACGCAGUGUACCAGCUAACCCAGGAAGCCGGAGCAGGUGCUGAGCAACUUAAAGCUCUUCUGGGAGGAAAUACAUCAGUUGCAUGGGAAGCAGACCAGGACUCAGGGCUGAAGAGUAACAAAGACUCAGCAGUUCUGUCUUCUCUCAUCCUGGGGCCCAUGGGUACAGUACCGACCCUCCAGACCGGGCCUGAUUGUAAGGAGCUGCGUUCAGUGCUGUCCUCCCUCCUGGAGGAGUCCUACCUCCUCACUCCUUUGUGUCAGGCUGCACUGCUACAUAAGCUGAUAGAGGUGGUUGCCAUGGUGCCUGGUGUCCCUCCAGCCAUAUUCAGAGCUCAGCUGCUGCGACUCCUGGGCACCAGCAAGGUUUGCCUGCUCCACACCACUCUGCUGAUGAAGUGUGCGUUCACAGACAGCCUGUUCAGCGGCGAGGAUGAAGCUUUCCUCCUCAAACGACUGGUCGUGCUCUCCCAGCACCCUCUGCUCAGUACGCCCGAGAAGCUUUUCUACACAGACUGUAUCCUGCACUUUCCUGAGAACCGUCCAAUCAGCUGUGGCGACGGUGACGAGGCGCUCCCCGUGCUGCUGACCCCCCGGCUGGCCUCGGCUUUAGUGCCGACUGUGUUCAACGACAGUGCCACCAUGUUGGCCCGACUCAACCUUCUGUCCCUGGUCUACCUGGAGGAGGGAGAGGGAGAGGAGGGGGAGGGGGAGGAGGGCAGGGGACUGGCCUACCUCUUUGAACACCUCACCUCGCUGCUGCACAUUGUGGAGAAUGGAGGCAACAGAGAGUUUGUCGUCACCUUCUUCAGGGCUGCCUUCCUCUUCCUUUUACACUUCUACCACAUGGAGCGCUAUGCUAACAGCCUGAUUGAGAAGCUGUGUCAGCUCUACCUGCACCACACACAGCUAGCCCCGCACCUCAUCAGCCUGGCUGACCACACUCAGGACAAGCUGUCUGAGUCUAACUGGGCUGUGGGGCUCCUGACAGCCCUGCAGAGAGUCAUCACUGAGGCCCCGCUCGCUCAGCUCACCUUGCAGGACCUCCGCUGGCACCUAAAGGUGCUGGCACGAGUCGCGGAGGAGGGAAAAAUCCCUCAACACAGCACCCUCAAAUUUCUGUCUAGCGUCACCACUCCAUCGGCCUCCUCGCUCUGUGUCAGCAGCGAAUGGCGUCUCGGGAACAGCAUACUGGGAGUUUGCCGCCGCCUGCUCGUCCACCCCGGCCUGGACCCGCUGCUCAUGCCUCUGGCCGACACCCUGCAGCAUCUCGCCUGCCGUUACGGAGACACAGACAUCCAGGACCACGCCCGUCUUUACUACACCCUCCUCACGACGCUGUCCCGGGAGAAGCUGGCCGGGGUGUUGGCACAGGGCUCGACCGAGGGAGGGCGUCAGAUCAAGAUGCGAUCGCUGUCGUGCAUCAUGGCUGAGGGUGAGGGGCUGACAAGCAUGCUCACCAUUCACCAGACGGAGAAAGCAAUAUUUAGGGUGGUUGAGGUGAGUUCUGAGCCACGACAAGAAACACAAACCGAUAAAGAAAGUGACCUAAACCAGAAUGAGACAGACAGAUGCACGGAUGACGCGAACACAGCUCUGGAGGCGUACAGACGUCAGUUCAACGACCCUGACUUCGCAUCAGAAAUCACCUUAAGCUACCAGCUGGCUCACACUGAGGCUCCGGACUCCCGCUUUGAUCAGCUCUUCAGCAUCCGCCUGCACUUCAGCCUCACAGAUGACCACUAUGAGGAACUGAGCGACAUCAGCGUCCCUUGUCUCUUCAGAGAGAGGCCGUCGCCGGUGGUGAAGCUGAGACUGAAGCCCAGGCAGCCCUACCCCACCACCCUCCAUGCCAGCGCCAUCUUUACCGCACAGGAUGGGCUCUCCUGGCACACCGUCCUGCCUGACAUCCAUGUUGCCUUCCAGCAGGCCUUCAUGCCUCUGCCUGCUCCCCCAGCCUGGGAACGAGGCCGCAAGCUAAACCUGUUUGAGGGAUUGUGGGAUGUAUUCUGCUCAGAGAGUGGGGACUGUGCUACCAGCCUGUUCUGCUGCCAGCUGAAGGAGGCAGUCCUGAUUUCCUUGGUGGAGAAACACCUCCUCCCCUUCCUUAUUUCGGACUCGUCCCAUAAAGAAGAGUUUAAAGUGCUUUUCUUUCUCCCUCCACAGUCUCACGUGCUGUUGAAAAUCAGGUCAGAGGACGAUGCUGUGCACUUCGACAUUGCCACAGAUAACUGGCAGCUUUUGCCUCACAUAAGUUCUUAUCUACUGACAAUCGCAUCGUCACAGGGAGACACUCACAGCUGACUGUGAUGCAUCUUACUGGCUUGUUUUUUUUUUUUUUACUGGCUUUUAACAAAAUCAGCAAAAUCAUUUAAUUAGACAGCUCUUCGUAAUGUCAGUAACUGAAGACAGUUGAUUUAAAAUGAAGUUAUUGCACUUUAAUUUUCUUGACCUGAAAUUAAACAAAUGUGUUAAAUAUUUUGUAAUUUAUUUACCAAAUAUAGUCAAAACAAUUGACAUCUUCCAAAUAAAGAAUUUACUUUUAGUGGCACAGGAUCUCCCUGAUGGAUGACAGAGGUUAUAUUCCCCAGUAGACAAAAAAUAAGGCUAAAAAAAAAGUCUAGUGUAAAAUUCAUGAACAAAACUUCAUGUGAGCUGUGUAACAUGUUUCAGUUCCUCUGUGGAAUUUCUGACCAUAGUAGGACUUAUGUCUCCACAAGUGGGUCCCAGUUUUUUUCCUAGUUUGUUCUAAAAAUCACAGCAGCCAGAGGCUGUGAAGACGAUGCCUAAGAAAGCAAGAUGGAUGCAAACAAUGCAGAAAUCUAAAAACAGGAAGGAA